AAGUCCUUUUCACGACCAUCACAUCUUCAGAGCCACCAGAGAACACACACGGGCGAGAAGCCAUUCCUGUGCCCUGUGUGUGGGAAGACAUUUGCAAGGUCAUCACAUCUUCAGAUUCAUCAGAGAACACACACGGGCGAGAAGCCAUUCCUGUGCCCUGUGUGUGGGAAGGCAUUUGCACAGUCAUCACAUCUUCAGAUUCAUCAGAAAGCACACACGGGCGAGAAGCCAUUCCUGUGCCCUGUGUGUGGGAAGACGUUUGCACAGUCAUCAACUCUUCAGAGUCAUCAGAGAACACAUACGGGCGAGAAGCCAUUUCUGUGCCCUGUGUGUGGGAAGACGUUUGCACACUCGUCACAUCUUCAGAGUCAUCGGAGAACACACACGGGCGAGAAGCCAUUCCUGUGCCCUGUGUGUGGGAAGGCAUUUGCACGGUCAUCAACCAUGAACAGACACCAGAGAACACACACGGGCGAGAAGCCGUUCCUGUGCUCUGUGUGCGGGAAGACAUUUGCACACUCAUCACAUCUUCAGAGUCACCAGAGAACACACACGGGCGAGAAGCCGUUCCUGUGCUCUGUGUGCGGGAAGACAUUUGCACACUCAUCACAUCUUCAGAGUCAUCGGAGAACACACACUGGUGAGAAGCCAUUCCGGUGCCAUGUGUGUGGGACGACAUUUGCACAAUCGUCAACUCUUCAAGACCAUCAGAAAACACACACAGGCGAGAAGCCAUUCCUGUGCCCUGUGUGUGGGAAGGCAUUUGCACAGUCAUCAACUCUUCAAACUCAUCAAAGAACACACACGGGCGAGAAGCCAUUCCUGUGCCCUGUGUGUGAGAAGUCCUUUUCACGGCCAUCACAUCUUAAGAGACACCAGAGAACACACACGGGCGAGAAGCCGUUCCUGUGCUCUGUGUGCGGGAAGACAUUUGCACACUCAUCACAUCUUCAGAGUCACCAGAGAACACACACGGGCGAGAAGCCGUUCCUGUGCUCUGUGUGCGGGAAGACAUUUGCACACUCAUCACAUCUUCAGAGUCAUCGGAGAACACACACUGGUGAGAAGCCAUUCCGGUGCCAUGUGUGUGGGACGACAUUUGCACAAUCGUCAACUCUUCAAGACCAUCAGAAAACACACACAGGCGAGAAGCCAUUCCUGUGCCCUGUGUGUGGGAAGGCAUUUGCACAGUCAUCAACUCUUCAAACUCAUCAAAGAACACACACGGGGGAGAAGCCAUUCCUGUGCCCUGUGUGUGGGAAGACAUUUUCCAAGUCAUCAAAUCUUCAUAGUCAUCAGAGAACACACACGGGCGAGAAGCCAUUCCUGUGCCCUGUGUGUGGGAAGACAUUUGCAGACUCAUCAACCAGGAACAGACACCAGAGAACACACACGGGCGAGAAGCCGUUCCUGUGCUCUGUGUGCGGGAAGACAUUUGCACACUCAUCACAUCUUCAGAGUCACCAGAGAACACACACGGGCGAGAAGCCGUUCCUGUGCUCUGUGUGCGGGAAGACAUUUGCACACUCAUCACAUCUUCAGAGUCACCAGAGAACACACAAGGGCGAGAAGCCGUUCCUGUGCUCUGUGUGCGGGAAGACAUUUGCACACUCAUCACAUCUUCAGAGUCACCAGAGAACACACACGGGCGAGAAGCCGUUCCUGUGUUCUGUGUGUGGGAAGACAUUUGCACAGUCAUCACAUCUUCAGAGUCAUCAGAGAACACACACGGGCGAGAAGCCAUUCGUGUGCCCUGUGUGUGGGAAGAAAUAUUCAAAGUCAUCAAAUCUUCAUAGUCAUCAGAGAACACACACGGGCGAGAAGCCAUUUCUGUGCCCUGUGUGUGGGAAGACAUUUGCACAGUCAUCAACUCUUCAAACUCAUCAAAGAACACACACGGGGGAGAAGCCAUUCCUGUGCCCUGUGUGUGGGAAGACAUUUUCCAAGUCAUCAAAUCUUCAUAGUCAUCAGAGAACACACACGGGCGAGAAGCCAUUCCUGUGCCCUGUGUGUGGGAAGACAUUUGCAGACUCAUCAACCAGGAACAGGCAUCAGAAGCCCCACGCACACGGGGGCAAGAAGCCAUUCAAUUGCUCUGUGUGUGGGAAGUCCUUUUCAUGGCCAUCACAUCUUCAGAGACACCAGAGAACACACACGGGCGAGAAGCCGUUCCUGUGCUCUGUGUGCGGGAAGACAUUUGCACACUCAUCACAUCUUCAGAGUCACCAGAGAACACACACGGGCGAGAAGCCGUUCCUGUGCUCUGUGUGCGGGAAGACAUUUGCACACUCAUCACAUCUUCAGAGUCACCAGAGAACACACAAGGGCGAGAAGCCGUUCCUGUGCUCUGUGUGCGGGAAGACAUUUGCACACUCAUCACAUCUUCAGAGUCACCAGAGAACACACACGGGCGAGAAGCCGUUCCUGUGUUCUGUGUGUGGGAAGACAUUUGCACAGUCAUCACAUCUUCAGAGUCAUCAGAGAACACACACGGGCGAGAAGCCAUUCGUGUGCCCUGUGUGUGGGAAGAAAUAUUCAAAGUCAUCAAAUCUUCAUAGUCAUCAGAGAACACACACGGGCGAGAAGCCAUUUCUGUGCCCUGUGUGUGGGAAGACAUUUGCAGACUCAUCAACCAGGAACAGGCAUCAGAAGCCCCACGCACACGGGGGCAAGAAGCCAUUCAAUUGCUCUGUGUGUGGGAAGUCCUUUUCAUGGCCAUCACAUCUUCAGAGACACCAGAGAACACACACGGGCGAGAAGCCGUUCCUGUGCUCUGUGUGCGGGAAGACAUUUGCACACUCAUCACAUCUUCAGAGUCACCAGAGAACACACACGGGCGAGAAGCCGUUCCUGUGCUCUGUGUGCGGGAAGACAUUUGCACACUCAUCACAUCUUCAGAGUCACCAGAGAACACACAAGGGCGAGAAGCCGUUCCUGUGCUCUGUGUGCGGGAAGACAUUUGCACAGUCAUCACAUCUUCAGAGUCAUCAGAGAACACACACGGGCGAGAAGCCAUUCGUGUGCCCUGUGUGUGGGAAGACAUUUUCAAAGUCAUCAAAUCUUCAUAGUCAUCAGAGAACACACACGGGCGAGAAGCCAUUUCUGUGCCCUGUGUGUGGGAAGACAUUUGCAGACUCAUCAACCAGGAACAGGCAUCAGAAGCCCCACGCACACGGGGGCAAGAAGCCAUUCAAUUGCUCUGUGUGUGGGAAGUCCUUUUCAUGGCCAUCACAUCUUCAGAGACACCAGAGAACACACACGGGCGAGAAGCCGUUCCUGUGCUCUGUGUGCGGGAAGACAUUUGCACACUCAUCACAUCUUCAGAGUCACCAGAGAACACACACGGGCGAGAAGCCGUUCCUGUGCUCUGUGUGCGGGAAGACAUUUGCACACUCAUCACAUCUUCAGAGUCACCAGAGAACACACAAGGGCGAGAAGCCGUUCCUGUGCUCUGUGUGCGGGAAGACAUUUGCACACUCAUCACAUCUUCAGAGUCACCAGAGAACACACACGGGCGAGAAGCCGUUCCUGUGUUCUGUGUGUGGGAAGACAUUUGCACAGUCAUCACAUCUUCAGAGUCAUCAGAGAACACACACGGGCGAGAAGCCAUUCGUGUGCCCUGUGUGUGGGAAGACAUUUUCAAAGUCAUCAAAUCUUCAUAGUCAUCAGAGAACACACACGGGCGAGAAGCCAUUUCUGUGCCCUGUGUGUGGGAAGACAUUUGCAGACUCAUCAACCAGGAACAGGCAUCAGAAGCCCCACGCACACGGGGGCAAGAAGCCAUUCAAUUGCUCUGUGUGUGGGAAGUCCUUUUCAUGGCCAUCACAUCUUCAGAGACACCAGAGAACACACACGGGCGAGAAGCCGUUCCUGUGCUCUGUGUGCGGGAAGACAUUUGCACACUCAUCACAUCUUCAGAGUCACCAGAGAACACACACGGGCGAGAAGCCGUUCCUGUGCUCUGUGUGCGGGAAGACAUUUGCACACUCAUCACAUCUUCAGAGUCACCAGAGAACACACAAGGGCGAGAAGCCGUUCCUGUGCUCUGUGUGCGGGAAGACAUUUGCACACUCAUCACAUCUUCAGAGUCACCAGAGAACACACACGGGCGAGAAGCCGUUCCUGUGUUCUGUGUGUGGGAAGACAUUUGCACAGUCAUCACAUCUUCAGAGUCAUCAGAGAACACACACGGGCGAGAAGCCAUUCGUGUGCCCUGUGUGUGGGAAGACAUUUUCAAAGUCAUCAAAUCUUCAUAGUCAUCAGAGAACACACACGGGCGAGAAGCCAUUUCUGUGCCCUGUGUGUGGGAAGACAUUUGCAGAC